AUUCGGACAAGAAGGCAAACCCUAAUCGUCUCGGGUUUAGCGUUUCAAUUUCAAACACCACUAGAAAGUGCUAAAACUUUAUCCCUUCGCGAACGAUAUACGAAACGUUUAGUGAAGACGCAAUGGGAGACGACAGGCUGGAUCUCGAGCUCUCCGAUGAGGUUCUGUCGGUGAUUCCGAUGGAUCCUUUCGAGCAGCUGGAUCUCGCGAGGAAGAUCACCUCAAUGGCGAUAGCUUCGAGGGUCUCGAAUCUCGACUCCGAGGUGGUUGAAUUGAGACAGAAGCUUCAGGGUAAAGAAACUGUUGUCCGCGAGCUCGAGGAGAAGGCGUCUCGCCUCGAGAGAGACCGCCGCGAAGCUGAUUCGAGGUUGAAGACCGUCCUCGAAGAGAAUAUGAUCCUGACAAAGGAGAAGGAUUCACUGGCAAUGACUGUAACGAAACUAACUCGUGAUUUGGCUAAGCUGGAGACAUUCAAGCGGCAGUUAAUCAAAUCUCUGAGCGACGAGAGUGCUCCUCCUCAAACAGAGCCUGUUGAUAUAAAAGCAUGCGACCAGUCAAGUAUUGGAUCAACUGGUUCAUAUACAGGCAAAGCAGAUGAAAGGACCAACGUACACUCAUCACACCGUUCUUACAGUGGAUCUACCGACAUGAACAAAUUCUCAAUGACACCAUACAUCUCUCCACGCCUCACCCCAUCCGCAACACCGAAGAUUAUCUCCACAAGUGUAUCCCCUCGAGGCUAUUCUGCAGCUGGUUCUCCCAAAAGAACAUCCGGUGCAGUUUCUCCCUCGAAGACGACGAUCUGGUACCCUUCGAGUCAGCAGUCAUCAGCUGCAAAUUCUCCACCUCGCAACCGUACACUCCCAGCUCGUACACCUCGGAUGGACGGUAAGGAGUUCUUCAGACAAGCCAGGAGCCGAUUAUCAUAUGAGCAAUUCAGUGCCUUCUUAGCUAACAUUAAGGAACUCAACGCUCAGAAGCAAACCCGAGAGGAAACGUUGAGGAAAGCAGAUGAGAUAUUUGGGGAAGAUAACAAAGAUCUCUACCUAUCUUUCCAAGGUCUUCUCAACAGAAACAUGCGUUAAAAACUUUACGAGUCUUGAAUCGACCAAUGUUAUAUGAUCAUAACCAUUGUAGUAUGCGUAUUCUCGACCAUAUCUAGUGACAUGGAAAGUGUUUUUUUUUUCUUUUCACAACAACAAACAAUGAAAAAUCUCGCUUUGGAAA